AUGCCGAUCAACUUAACUAAAACCCCUCUUGCAAAGACGCUGUUUGUUAUCCUGCUCGCUUCGGAUGCAUUCUACUUGGAUCUGACAAUUCCUGCCUCGAAACAGCAUGGAUACUUGAGGAUGGCCUCAGACGUAACCCCAAGGGAGGCGAGAAGGCUAGGUCCUCUGAAAAUCAAGGAUCUCGAAAGCCUCGUGAGAAAAGAUGAGUUACCCCUUCCUACUACGCUGAGUCAAAGUGUCUCAACAAUGUUAUCCGAGUCUGGAAGAAAGGUUCGAAAGCGAUGGUGGUUGCAGUCUAACAAACAAAAAUCUGCCGGGGAUAUUUUUAUCUCUUUGAAACUCCACGAGGAUGGAAACCCAUUCGAAAAUCGACUGUUUCCCUUGUGGAAGUAUUUCGUCGAGAAAACUACGCGUAAGCAAGAUGUGAGCAAGGUGAUGUUUGAAGCAAUGGCUGCUAAUUUGAAAGGUGAAAAUAAUGUGAUCAAGGUUAUUCUGGAGGCAAAGACUUCAAACAUAUAUAAAGACACGGUUGACAGUCUUUACGACUAUCAAAUCGCGCAGUGGGUUUCAACUGGUGAAAAUCCGGAAACAGUAUACAAGUAUUUGAACCUUGACAAGGAAGAGAAUCUAAAAGACGCGCUCACCCAUCCAGAAUUUAACAUGUGGGCUGAAUACAACACCAAGAAGAAGUCGAUUGAUCAGGCUUUCGAGUAUUUGAAAGGGCCAGAAUCCAAAAUGAUUGAUCUUGAUCUGUUGGAGGGCCUAGCUGAAAUUGGCGAAGCUGAUGGAAGCUUUAAAUUCGCUCAAGACCUGCUAUUGUCUCAGCUUCAUUUUUUUGAGAAGGAGUCCAUAGAUCUGAAAACAUCAUUUGACCUUCUGAAAUUGCAACGGAAGGACACAGCGAAUUCAAUUGAUCUGACUACGAAUCCUCUUGGAAGGCUUUGGUCCGACUUCGUUUACAUGAAAGCGCAGGAUGAAAGUGGUUUAAUCCACUUUGAUGUAGUCUUUGAUGAACUAUACGAGCGUGUUGGUUUUAACGGAGCUUUAGCUGUGAUCGAAAAGGUUGACCGUGACGGCCAUUUUCUGAUUUCGCUGAAGGAGAAACCAAUGGAGAGAAAUGAGGAUCUGAUUGAGGAGUUAUACAACUCUAUGGCUAAAACAUUGGGAGGCGAGGGUAACGUGGCCAAGAACAUAGCUCAAGCAAAGGAUUCAACCAAAUUUGGGUACUUGGGUGAAAGUGUUUAUAUCUAUCAAAUCGAGCAGUGGGUUCUACAAAAAGCUACGUCGGAGCACGUUUUUGAUGUUUUGGACCUCAACGAGAAGAAGAACCUUGAAAACUUUCCUUAUCUUCCAGAAUUCAGCAUGUGGGGUGCAUUUAACACUAAAAUGUUCUGGGAGACGAAGGCUUUUGAAGUUCUCAAAGGACCAGACAGCCUAAUUAUGGAUUUAGAUUUGAUGAGGAAUUUGUAUGAAGUACACGCAGUCAAUCGUCGUAGCUCUUUCCUUAAAGGCUUGGUGCAAUCACAGCUCGAGUUUUUGGAUACGAAAAAUAUAAAGCCUAAAGAAGUCUUUAAGCUUUUUAAACUUCAAGGGAAGGGAACGCCGAAGCCAACCGAUCUUAUAACGGAUCCUCUUGGAAAUUUUUGGGUCGACUACGUGUACAAGAUGGCACGAGGCAACGAUCCCUCGACCUAUCUCGGAAAUGUCCGUGAGUUUUUAACCGAUAGCGUUGAUCCUGCGAUGGCCGCACAUGCGAUGAAUGAGGCAAAGCAGGACGUCUAUUUCCUGAAAGCGCUAAAUGUACGGGACUAUCUAAGGAUGCAUGAUAGCUUGCACCCUAAACAAAGUACCAAACACUAA